AUGGGAGUGGGGCAGGUGCUGCUGGUGUUCUUGGCUGCCUCCAGGGUGAUGCCCAUGAAGGACCCACUGCUUAACAUCUGCAUGGAUGCCAAGCACCACAAAACCAAGCCUGGCCCAGAGGGGAUGCUCCAUGGCCAGUGCUCCCCCUGGAAGGACAACGCCUGCUGCACGGCCAACACCAGCUCAGAAGCCCACAAGGACCAAUCCAACCUCUACAACUUCAACUGGAACCACUGCGGGGUGAUGCCCCCCAAGUGCAAGCGCCACUUCAUCCAGGACACGUGUCUGUACGAGUGCUCCCCCAACCUGGGGCCCUGGAUCGACCAGGCCGACAGCAGCUGGCGCCGGGAGAGGAUCCUCCACGUGCCCCUCUGCAGGGAGGACUGCGAGGAGUGGUGGGAGGACUGCAAGGACUAUGUCACCUGCAAGGAGAACUGGCACAAGGGCUGGAACUGGGCCACAGGAACCAACCGCUGCCCUUGGGGCUCCAUGUGUCGACCCUUCAGCCAAAUCUUCCCCCACCCCAAGGACCUGUGUGAGAAGAUCUGGUCCAACUCCUACAAAUACACCACGGAGCGCCGGGGCAGCGGGCGCUGCAUCCAGAUGUGGUUUGACCCUGCCCAGGGAAACCCCAAUGUGGUUGUGGCCAAGUAUUAUGCUUGGAAAAAGAGAACUUCUCCUGCUGGGCAGGAGGAGGUGGCUGCUGGGACUGGCCAGGCUGCCCGAGCUCUGCCAUGGCCUGUCCUGGUGCUGCUGCCUCUGCUCCUGGGGGGAGCUGGGGGCUGUGGACCCCAUGGGUGGGGGUCCCUGUGA